UUUGACGUGAUACUACUGUCUUCACUUCAGACUUGUAAUUUUAAUUAUAAAUCUAAAUCUUUUUAUAUUAAUUUGAAAUUGUUCAUAGACACACAAUGAAUAUAAAAAAUAUAUUAAACCUUAAUCCUUAUGUAUUUAAUUUGUGUAGCAUACGAAAAUUAAAUUGUAAUGUAUCUAGUAUAACCAAAAUUCACAGAGAAAUUUAUACAAGAAUGUAUCCUACGAAAAUUGUUUUACCAAAUGGAGCUUCAAUAAAUAUUAGAUACCACGAACCCCGACAAAUAAUAAAGUUACCUUUAGAUUUAAGUACAUUGCCUGAAGAAGAGCGAAAAGCUAGGUUAGAAAAGAGGAAACCAAGAAGAAAAGUAAAAAUAACCGACUCUGUUGAGGAUAACUUUAAUGCAAAGAAAUAUUUAAAAUACAUGAAGAAAUAAUAUUUCAUUAUUAUUUAUUAAUAUGUUAGUUAAUGUAUUUGUAGAAUUAAAAAAUA